AUGAAGCACGUUUCAGUUCUGCUGUUGCUGCUCUUUGUGGGGACAUGCUCAGUGUACACGUAUGAAAACGUGGCUUUGCGUGGAAAAGCGACACAGUCAGAUCGUUUGGCGAAUAUAUUUGGAUCUGCUUCCAACGCUAUUGAUGGAAACCAUGAAUCUAAUUAUGACGCUGGUUCAUGCACCCACACUGAUGGACAGACCAACCCCUGGUGGAGGGUGGACCUGCUGGAGUCCUACGUGGUCACUUCUGUCGUCAUCACCAACAGAAGAGACUGCUGUGCAGAAAGGAUCAAUGGGGCAGAGAUUCAUAUUGGAAACUCUUUACGAAACAAUGGUGCUGCAAACCCAGUGGCUGCUGUAAUUCCCAGUAUCCCAGCAGGCAGAUCUUACACAGUAACUGUUACCAAACAUGUGGAGGGACGUUAUGUGACUGUGGUUUUACCUGGUCGAGGAAGGGUCCUCACACUCUGUGAAGUGGAAGUCUAUGGGUAUCGUGCUCCAACUGGAGUGAAUCUGGCACUCCAAGGAAAAGCCACACAAUCAUCAUUGUAUUCAUUUCUGGGCAAUGCAUAUCAUGCUAUUGAUGGGAAUCGUGCCAGCAGCUUGAGUAAGGCCUCCUGCACUCACACAAACGACGACUUAAGUCCCUGGUGGCGACUGGACCUGCAGAAAACCCAUAAAGUGUUUUCUGUUAAGAUAACCAACAGAGAUACUGUCUCAGAACGACUCAAUGGAGCUGAGAUCCGCAUCGGAGAUUCUCUUGCAAACAAUGGCAACAACAAUCCCCGGUGUGCUGUGAUCACACGCAUCUCUGGAGGUUCUACCCAACCAUUCCAGUGUAACGGGAUGGACGGUCGCUACGUUAACAUAGUCAUUCCUGAAAGAAAAGAGUACCUGACCCUGUGUGAGGUGGAGGUGUAUGGCUCUAGAUUGGACUAGA